AUGAGUCCGGAUUACGAUUACUUGUUCAAGCUGCUGCUGAUUGGAGAUUCGGGCGUUGGCAAGUCAUGCUUGCUCUUGCGGUUUGCUGACGACACAUACACCGAUUCGUAUAUAAGCACCAUUGGAGUGGAUUUCAAAAUCCGCACCAUCAAACUGGACAAUAAGACUGUGAAGCUUCAGAUUUGGGACACUGCCGGGCAAGAACGUUUCCGUACAAUUACCUCAUCGUAUUAUCGUGGAGCACAUGGCAUUAUUGUUGUUUACGAUUGCACCGAUAUGGAAACAUUCACUAAUCUUAAACAGUGGUUAGAAGAAAUAGCUAGGUAUGCAUGUGAUAAUGUCAACAAACUACUGGUGGGUAACAAGUGCGAUUUGCAUGACAAGCGUGCUGUGGAUGAAGCAACAGCCAAAGAAUAUGCUGACCAUCUGAAAAUCCCGUUCCUGGAAACAUCUGCUAAACAAGCUACUAACGUUGAAUUGGCGUUUUUAACUAUGGCUGCCGAGAUCAAGAACCGUAUUGGACCACUUGAUGGCCAAGGACCAGGAGGUGCAGCUGAUGGGGUUGGAAAAGUAACAAUUGAUUCAAAAUCAUCAGACACAUCUGGUGGGUCAGGUGGUUGCUGUUAA